AUGCCGCAGGGGAUUCCGGAAGAAUGGAUGCCCAUGUACCCAGAUCCGAGGGUCGACGAUUACCCUCUGAUGCAGAGCUUCUGGCCCACCGCCCUGAUUUCCCUGGCCUACGUCGUGGGGGUUUGGGUUUGGGUGAGGCUCGGAGCUCCCAAAAAAUCCGCCAAAUCCAACGGUCAUGUGGUCGCCAACGGACAUGCAGUCACCAACGGCACCGCCAAAUUACCGCCGACGUCGUCUUUCAACCUAAUCAAAUGCCUGAUGGUGCUGUACAAUCUGGCAAUGGUAAUGUAUUCAGCCUUUGUGGUGGUCGGAAUGCUGUCGGUGAUUCACGCCGCCAAUUACGGUCUUGGAUGCGUCGAAUUCGAUAGGCGUGACGAUGAAAUCCAACGACGCUUCAUUCGUCUAGGCUACCUUUUCUACUUCUCGAAGUUCCUUGAACUCCUGGACACGUUGUUCUUCCUGUUGAGGGGCAAGUACGAUCAAGUCACCUUCCUCCACGUCUUCCAUCACGGUGCAAUGCCUCCAUCUAUCUGGUGGGGAAUACGAUACGCACCCGGUGGCAUCGUCUACAUGUUCCCGUUGGCCAAUAGCUUCGUCCACGUGGUCAUGUACGCGUAUUACGGAAUGGCGGCGUUGGGACUCUACCGUUACCUGUGGUGGAAGAAGUACCUCACGGUGCUGCAGAUGGUUCAGUUCUGCAUCUUCAUCGUGCACCAGGGACAAGUCUUAACCCCGCUUAACUGGGACUGUCGUUACCCCAAAGUCUUUCCUCUAGCGAUCGUUAUCUACGCGGUCAUCUUUCUAGUCCUUUUUGGUAAUUUCUACGUCCAGGCGUACUGGCGCAAGCGGCGUCUGGCGAAGAGGAUCGAAGACGAGGCGUUGGCCGCCAGCGGACACGUCGCCAACGGCCGGAGGCACAAGAAGGCCGAUUAG